CCUUGUCCUCCCUGCUCCCCGCCUGAGCUGCCCUGAGGGAAGGCUUCCAGAUGGGGCUCCUCCUCUAGUCCAGGGGCCUCUGGGGUGUGAGGAAAGGGAGGGAGAUAAAAGGGCAGGAGGGCGAGGAGAAGGGCCAAGGUCUGAGAGGAGGAGGAGGGAGAAGGGGGAAGCCCACCCAGAGCCCUCUCCCUCUCCCAGGCGCCCUCCAGACCUGGGACUCUGGCUGGCCCCUCCGUAUUAUGUCUGCCCUUCGGAGGAAGUUUGGGGACGACUACCAGGUAGUGACCACCUCUUCCAGUGGCUCUGGCUUCCACCACCCGCAGCAGCAGCAGGCCUCGGCCGCCCACAAGAAGAAGCGCCAGCGCUUCGUGGACAAGAAUGGCAGGUGCAACGUCCAGCAUGGCAACCUGGGCAGCGAGACCAGCCGCUACCUGUCGGACCUCUUCACCACCCUGGUGGACCUCAAGUGGCGCUGGAACCUCUUCAUCUUCAUCCUCACCUACACCGUGGCCUGGCUCUUCAUGGCCUCCAUGUGGUGGGUCAUCGCCUACAUGCGGGGUGACUUGAACAAGGCCCACGACGAGAAGUACACCCCCUGCGUGGCCAACGUCUACAACUUCCCUUCCGCCUUCCUCUUCUUCAUCGAGACAGAGGCCACCAUCGGUUAUGGCUACCGAUACAUUACCGACAAGUGCCCCGAGGGCAUCAUCCUCUUCCUUUUCCAGUCCAUUUUGGGUUCCAUUGUGGAUGCCUUCCUCAUUGGCUGUAUGUUCAUCAAGAUGUCCCAGCCGAAGAAGCGGGCAGAGACACUGAUGUUCAGUGAGCAUGCGGCCAUCUCCAUGAGGGAUGGAAAACUUACCCUCAUGUUCAGGGUGGGCAACCUCCGUAACAGCCAUAUGGUCUCUGCGCAGAUCCGCUGCAAACUCCUCAAAUCUCGGCAAACUCCUGAGGGUGAAUUUCUCCCCCUCGAUCAACUUGAACUGGAUGUAGGUUUUAGUACGGGAGCAGACCAACUUUUUCUUGUUUCACCACUUACAAUCUGCCAUGUGAUCGAUUCCAAAAGCCCCUUCUAUGACCUUUCUCAGCGAAGCAUGCAAACAGAACAAUUUGAGAUUGUUGUCAUCCUAGAGGGCAUCGUGGAAACAACGGGGAUGACUUGUCAAGCCCGAACAUCCUAUACAGAAGAUGAAGUUCUCUGGGGUCAUCGUUUCUUCCCUGUUAUUUCAUUAGAGGAAGGAUUCUUCAAAGUAGACUAUUCCCAAUUCCAUGCAACAUUUGAAGUUCCUACUCCACCUUACAGUGUUAAAGAACAAGAAGAAAUGCUGCUUAUGUCCUCCCCUUUAAUAGCGCCAGCUGUGGGUAACAGUAAAGAAAGGAAUAAUUCUGUGGAAUGUCUGGAUGGCCUAGAUGACAUUGGUACAAAGAUACCCUCAAAACUGCAGAAAAUGACUGGAAGAGAAGACUUUCCUAAAAAGCUAUUGAGAAUGAGUUCUACCACAUCAGAAAAGGCCUACAGCAUGGGGGACCUUCCUAUGAAACUUCAGCGAAUAAGUUCUGUCCCUGGUAAUUCUGAAGAAAAACUUGUAUCUAAAACCACAAGGAUGCUUUCAGAUCCUAUGAGCCAGUCUAUGGCAGAUUUGCCACCAAAACUUCAAAAAUUAUCAGGAGGAGGGGGAGGUAGAAUGGAAGGAAAUCUCCCGCCAAAACUGAGGAAAAUGAAUUCUGAUCGAUUUACAUAACAUGAACGAACCUUUGGGAUAUCAUUUCAAGUUUGAAUUGCCAUUCAGCCCAAUCUGGGCAGGAAAGCAAACAAUGUAGUAGCAUUUGGUGACCAAUUUGCUUAGAACUACGUGCACUCUGGGACAACACCAUUCCCCAGCACUGAGGACUUAGUAAAAGAUCUGAAAUUCAGCUUAGGGCCACAUGAAGGCUAAACAGCUAAUAUUAAUUGGCAUGUAAUAUCACCAUAAGCAUGCAAUAAUAGUGUGCAAAUUUUGCAAAUAGUUUUAUGGCAUGGUUCUUACUAUAUUUAUACUGUAUAUUCUGGGAAAAAUGUAAAUUCUCCUACAUUUCUUAAGUGUUAAAUAGUGAGUAAAACAUGAAAUUGGGCUACCAACAGGGAAGUUAUACAUUAAUUUGUAAUGGGCACAGUCCAGCCAAAGUUAAAACAUUUUGGACAUCAAAGCUUUGACCAUUACAUCCUCCCCAUUGAGAAAAAAAAUUCUGCUCUCAAGUCUCUCUCAAGGAGGGUUGAAUGCAACAUCAAAAAUUUGGAUUGGCCCUUUUGUUAAAAUCUAAAUGGGUUCUUAAACAUUUUCUGUUUCAAUCUGUGGAACUUUAAAGUGUUUCACAUUGGCUGAAACAUGUCCAUUUUUUUCUUGAUGUAAAUUGUGAUAUUUUUUCUUCAGACAGUUAUUGUGCAUGUUUUCUUUCUUAAGGCUAGAGAUAUGAAGAAAUCUGAACACCAAAACAUACAGCCUUAAGCUUCUUAUUUAUUCGCUUUAGCAUUUCUCUCACUUUUUCCUUUGUUACAGAGAACAACAUAUCUAUGCUUUAUACAAAAACAUUUGAACCCUGCUGGUGCACUAUGCUAGUGUAAUUCUUCUUACUCUAGGAGUUCCAUUUUUUCCCAGGGUCAUGCAGCUGCAGUGAGAGAAGGCAAAGUCACUGUCAGGAGGGGAAAGCUGCCAAAUUUGAGCAUUUACUUAUCCAGCGAUAGAGUAGAAUAGGAUCAUGUCCUUGGAGUCUAGGUGUUCUGUGCAACAGGACAGGCGACUGUCUAAGCCAGUCUUCCUAGAACUUCAUGUUUUGUUUUGACCCCACCUCUCAGUCAGACUUUGAAGAAAUAGGUUGCUGAGAGCCAGCAAUAGUUGUUCCUGACAAUACUGAGAAUGACUUUGUGUUCCUUCACUACCACUACAUCUGUGGCCUUUUCCUUUCUGCUUCCACCUUGUUGCUACCAUUGCUGAAUAAGAUUUCUCUCAGCAAUGUCUGAGAAUGGUUGAUAUUCCAGGAGGACUUUCCUUUUUUAGAAACAAGACAUAAAAUUCAAGGGAUAUACUUGUGAUACUCAUUUCAUAUUCAUUAAAUAAGUAGGAAGAAAUGGAAAUAUUUUCUCAAUUUAUUAUGCGUAUUGCUUCCCUCAGAUGAUAAAAUUACUGUACUUCUUACACUAAAUAAAUAAAUGUUUGCAAAUCUAGUACAUUGGACAAUGAAGUUGGAUGGUUGGGAACAUCAGAUAAGAACAGAACUUGGAAUUAAUUAAUUAAAGUAUUAAUUUAUAAAAUUGUUCAAGUGAUUUCAAGUAACUUUCUAGAGUCCUCAAUUAACUCUGAAGUUAAAAAUAUACCUUAGUAGAUUAGUUAUUAUAAUUCAUUAGGGUAGGUGCCUCUCCUUCUGUCAAAUUCAGUAGCGCAAGAAGGCCCCUUGUCUCAGGAAAAGAAAUGUUAGAAUUAGAGGAAAUGUGUCAUGUGGUUUUGUUGUUAAGCAGACUAAUCUGUGUGGUUUCUUUAUGAAGGUAGCAUGGAGAAGGAGAGAAAGGGAGAAUUCUGGAGCCAGGUCACAUAGCCAGGUUUGUGGAACAGAUCAACUAACCAGGGAAAAAGAAUGAAGAGCAUAAAAGCAGCAGGGAAGUGAGAUUUGUUUGUUUAGCAGAAGACUGCCCUUUCAGAAUGUUUCCCUAUAGAUCUGUAUGGAAAUAAAAUAUUGGAGACAUUCUGGAUAUGAUGGUGUACUCUGAUUCUGUCCUCUGCCCAUUCUGGUCUGCUUUCUACUAUAUAUUAUGUAAUAAUAUGCAGUUAUUAUGUAAUAGUACUUUGGUCUUUCCAGGAAAGCCUUUUUGGGCCUGAUAGUCAGGUGCCCUCACACAGCCAGUAGAAAAGGAAUGUAUCUGGAGCUCUUCAGAGGGCUAGAUUAUGACUCUCUUCAGUAACUCUUUGGUAACUUCUUCCCUUCAAGUAAUUAUAGUCUGGACUGACUUCUGUUGUACAAUAUUGUAUAAUAUAUAGGUAUUAUAUAUUAUUUGGGGAGAGCUGCAGUGAACCUAUUUGCAGUUCUUUCAUGCAUAAAUAUAGGCUCUUGGGUAAUUAAGUUUUCAUUGGUCCCAUCACCCAUUUCUUUCUCUUUUGGCUCCUUUCUCUCCCUCUCUCAACACCCAUUCCCAUUUCAUUUUCUCCUCCUCCUCCUCCUCCUUACCCACUCCCCAAUAAUGAUACAAUUAAGGUAAGAUGGGUGCAGAGAAAGGUGGGCCUUGUUAGAUAUCUGAUAAUUUACAGCGCUUUAUAAAUAAAGGUUAAUAAUAAUAAUAAUUUAAACUGAAAGUGCCACAGAUUGUAUUUGAGAUCCCUGGGUCCUAUUUGCAAAAUCUGUGCCGUGCUACUGAUCUUUGCAAACUGUGUAUCUUAACUGUGAGAGAGUGAAUCAAACGGAUGCAGUGAUUCACUUAUACAGGAAAAUGUUCAAUAUAAACGCAGAGACACAGAUUAAGAUUUCUUGAGUCUCUGACUGAUCCUUGUAACUAUCCACUUUUUGCUGUAUUUAAAGUGGAUCAGUGCCUUCUACCUAUAAUAUAUAAUUCCUUAUUAACCUGUUCCAAACAAGGCAUUGCCAAAGUGAGUGAAGGGUAUGUGUUGAUGGGACUGGAAAGAAAAUAGGCCUGCAGAUAGUGGCAAACUGAAGAGGUUAAGAUGAGAUUGCAUGCUUUAUGACAGCCUUCUCCAACUUAACAGUUUCUCAAUAUUCUAGACUUCUACCUUUCCCAAACACCAAUAUUGCCAUGUGCUUUGUAGUUCAUAGUGGGAGGAAAUGAGGUUGGAGGAGGGCAACAUUUAAAGGACAAAAAGAAUUCUUAAAAAAAAAAGCAGUAACAAAAUGUGCUCGCCUGAGGUCAACAGUGAUGACCUCCUUGCCACGAUGUGUAAAUCCCCUAGUCUAGCCCCACACUAGUGGUUUGACCAAUAAGUACUCACCAGAAUCCCAUAUGACCAGUUAUGUUAUGUAAUUUUACAUAAACCUAGCUAUGUAGCAGAGGCAUGUAAAAACCCUUUACUGAAUUGCAAAGAUGUGUAACAGGACACCAGCAACUGUGCCCAACUGUGCACAUCAGGACCAAUGUGUUAUACAUCAGGACUGAUGCAAUGUGCAUUGGGACCAAUGUAUAUCAGGACUGAUGCAGUAUGCAUUGGGACCAUCUUGUGCAUCAGUCCCUUUGUGCAUUGGACACCAAUGUACAUUGGGCACUUUACUGGAUUUGCUACUUAGUAAUGUAUCAGAAACCCUGUACUAAAUAUGGACAUUAUACAACUGCACAAUUAUAAUUCCCACAUACAUAAAUCCACUUACAAGGAUUUUAAGUCAAAAGGAUUCUGGCCAGCAAUGAUAAUGUGAUGAGUUAAAUAAUUUCAGCCAUCAUUGUUUAUUUUAGUGAAUUAGUUUCUCAGUGUCUAAUAUUUAGAAAUUAUCAAAUAAAUUUUCAAACCUAACAUUCCAAGCUCUGGACAAAAAAUAGCUGUGUAUUAGAAAGAGUCUAUAAUGCUCUGGGAAACAUUUGUCUGUAUCACCAUUAAUAGCUUCCUGGAUAUCCAGUGCCCCAGGGGAAUAUUGCAUAUUUCAGGCACUAAUGAUCAUGCUCAUCUCAAUCUACAUUGAAGUUUCUCUCAUGAUGAUUCCUGUGUUAGUAUUUGCUACUUAGUGAUUUGGGGUGCUCUCUCACAUUACAGACAGCCUUCUGUAGUAAUCUUUUUCAGUGUGAAUUUACCUAGGUCCUUUGCAGGUACAUUAAAGGAAAUGAAGAUGAGGAUUGAUUAUGAGUCAAAACUAAAUCACAAGAAAUACUGCCAUUUAGUGGUCUCAAUAAUGUCAGUUAGUGCACAAAAUAUAUACUGUAUUGUUGUUGUUUUGUGCCUUCGAGUCAUUUCUGACUUAUGGCAACCCUAAGGUGAAUCUAUCACA